AGCCCAUAUAGGCCUUCUUUCUUUUCUGCAUUAGCGCUCUUCUCUUUUCUCUCUUUUCUUUCUUUUUCUCUCUUCUCUCUCUUUAUCUUCCUCGCUCUGCUAUAUAUAUCUUUUCUACUCUCUACAAACUCUCUCCCCUCUCCCGGUCCCUUCCUUAAUACCAGCCUCCCCCUCUCUCUAACAGACACCCACCGACCACAUCCAUUAACAUCGACAACAAUAACCACCCUCCACAACCGCCCCUUGAAAGUGUAGAGAACGAGCCAUGGCGUCGAGCAGUCCCUGGGCAAAAGUAGUCCAGUGGUUUCAACUUACAAAAGAGAAAAAGAACCCAUUUCCAACAGCAUCCACCGAGGGUCGCUCGAUCUAUGUCAACACCGAAAUACCCAGCGAUCAACUUGAUGACUAUGGUCAGCCAUCGAAAACGUUCAUCGCCAACAAAAUCCGGACUGCCAAAUACACUUGGUUCACCUUCCUGCCAAAGAAUCUGUUUGAGCAGUUUCGAGGCAUUGCCAACCUCUACUUCUUAUUCCUAGUUAUUUUGCAAAUGUUCCCCCUCUUUAGUACAUCAGCAUCGCCCAUUCUAGUCAUUUUACCGCUUGCCGCCAUUCUCAUCAUCACCGGUGUCAAGGACGCUUUCGAAGACAACAAACGACACCAGACCGACGAAAGCGUCAAUAAGGCCGUUACAUAUACGAUUCGAGAGUGGUCCAACGUAAAUGUCGCCGUCUAUAAAGUGUCACUUGCACGGCGCUGGUUGAACGCGCUUGUGCAGUUUUUCAAACGGCCCUUCAAGAAGGCACCGCCCAAAGACGACCUUGACCUCAGCCGCGUGACAACUGUCCAGUCAGACUUUAUCGAACUACCACCGUCAAAGAAGAGCGCUUCGUCGUUACUACGGUCCGGUGCAACGCCUUUCAAACGAGUGUUCAAAGGAAAGAAGAAGAUGCCAUAUCGGCCUGGUCAGAUUCCGCAUUCGGUGCUCCGGCGCUCAGGCCGCGAGGAGCCCGAAAAGAAGAAAAAGAAGCAUAGUUCCUUGGCACGUCAACCGGUCGACAAACGAUGGAAAAAGACGCGUUGGCAGGAUUUGCGGGUUGGCGACUUUGUGUAUCUCAGGAACGACGACGCUGUACCAGCCGACAUUGCUGUCUUGUCAACGUCCGAGCAAGAUGGUCUGUGCUAUGUCGAAACCCAAAAUUUGGACGGCGAAACGAAUCUCAAGAUUAUGCGGUCCUUGCAGGCAACAAGCGAAAUAAACACCGUCGACGACUGUAAACGCUCAGAGUUUUACGUCGAAAGCGAGCCGCCACACGCAAAUUUAUACACUUACAACGGCGUUCUCAAAUGGAAAGUGGAAAUGGAUGGCAGUGGCGAAGAUUAUAUGUCAGGAACAGCAGGUGGCAGUAGUCCUAUGAUGACCCCAUCCGACUUGCAACCUGCGGGAGAAGACGCUGACGUUGACGACGAGGACGAAGAUGCGGUUUCACACGAGAAAACUGAAGCCAUUACAAGCAGCAAUGUACUUCUUCGAGGUUGUGUUUUGCGUAAUACGGGCUGGGUCAUUGGGCUUGUUCUUUUUACCGGCAACGAAACCAAAAUCAUGCUCAAUUCGGGCAAGACGCCGAGUAAACGCAGCAAAAUCGAAAAGGCGACGAACCCACAUGUCAUUGCCAAUUUUGUGCUGCUGUUUGUACUAUGCGUCAUUUGUUCCAUUGCUGCCAGCGUUGUGUAUUCGACACCGACAUCUGCUGACUUUUUCGAAAGCAAGGAUGCAGAAAGCGCCACUAUGGAAGGUUUCUUAAUGUUCUGGACGACACUUGUUAUAUAUCAAAAUAUCAUUCCCAUCUCACUGUAUAUAUCUGUACAAAUUGUCAAGACCGCAGCUGCAUAUUUCAUCCAUACCGAUAUCGACAUGUAUAAUGAAAGGCUGGACCAGGCAUGUAUACCCAAAACUUGGAACAUAUCCGAUGACCUUGGUCAAAUAGAGUAUAUCUUCUCUGACAAGACGGGCACCUUGACACAAAACAUCAUGGAAUUUCGACGCUGCACGGUGAAUGGCGUCUCUUACGGCCUUGGUGAAACAGAAGCUUCCAUUGGCGCCAAAAAACGCGAUAAUCCAAACAUGGCGAACAUUCAAAUUUCAGACAGCAUGGAUGUGAAUAAGGCACGGCAAGAGAUGCUCCAAAAGCAAAGCCAAUUAUUCAACCACCGCUACGUCAAUCCCCGGUCAACGUUUGUGGACCCCAAGGUGUACGACGAUCUGGCCAGCGAUGACGCCCAGUCCCAGAGUUUAAUUCACUUUUUCUCGGCAUUGGCUUUGUGUCACACUGUCAUUCCCGAAUUGCCGGACCCGGAUAACCCAUAUGAAAUUGUCUACAAGGCUCAAUCGCCCGACGAGGCAGCAUUGGUAGCUACAGCACGCGACGUUGGAUUUACAUUUGUUGCACGUGAAAAGGAUACGGUCAUCAUGGAUGCAUUAGGCGAGCUACGAAACUUUACCCUGCUAAAUGUCCUGGAGUUCAACUCGACCCGAAAGAGAAUGAGUGUUAUCAUUCGGUCUCAACAGGAUGGCAGCAUUGUGCUGCUAUGUAAAGGAGCGGACUCGGUCAUUUACGAACGAUUGGCGCAAGAUUUGCCGGAUGACGAUGCUGGCAGAGAGCAAAAACGUAUUCGUGAAGAGACGUCAGAGCACCUUGGUGUGUUCGCCAACGAGGGAUUACGUACCUUGUGUAUUGCAAGCAGAAUGUUAUCCGAAAAGGAGUACCAGCAAUGGGCUGACCGAUACAAGACCGCAGCGAGCGCUAUCCGGAACCGUGACGAGGAGAUUGAGGCUGUAUGCGAGGAAAUCGAACAAUCGCUUAUGCUGAUCGGAGGCACAGCUAUCGAGGACAAAUUGCAGGAGGGUGUCCCUGAAACUAUCGGUGUCUUGGCUCAAGCAGGCAUCAAGAUCUGGGUACUGACUGGCGACAAAAUCGAAACGGCCAUUAACAUUGGGUUUGCAUGCAACUUGUUGACCAAAGACAUGCUCCUCAUCAGCGUCAGUGGACGCGACGAGCAUGAUACCAUGGUACAGAUCAGAAAAGCUCAGAUCGAAGUCGGCGAGAAAUCGUCCUAUCAAAAAUGUGCACUGGUCAUUGAUGGUGAAUCACUAAAGUACGCCCUCGAGCCCCCAAUCAAAGACGAGCUAUUGUCGCUUGGUACACAGUGUAUGGCUGUCAUCUGCUGUCGUGUCAGUCCAAUGCAGAAGGCCAAUGUUGUCAAUCUUGUUAAAAAGGGUCUUAAGGUCAUGACGCUAGCUAUCGGCGACGGUGCAAACGACGUAUCCAUGAUCCAGGAGGCCAACGUUGGCGUCGGUAUUUCGGGUGAAGAAGGUCGACAAGCUGUCAUGGCUUCAGAUUAUGCCAUUGCACAAUUCCGCUAUCUCAGCAAGCUCCUUUUGGUACACGGUCGAUGGUCAUACCUGCGCACAUCUGAAAUGAUUUUGACGUUUUUCUACAAGAACAUCAUGUGGACACUGGUCCUCUUUUGGUAUCAGCUAUUCUGCGGAUUUUCGGGUACCAUGAUGUUUGACUACUCGUACAUUACAUUGUACAACCUGGUGUUUACCUCUCUGCCAUGUAUCUUUGCUGGUGUGUUGGAUCAAGAUCUCGUUUCGAAAUACUCGUAUAAAUACCCACAGCUUUAUCUGAUGGGUAUACGUGACGACAAAUUCCACAAAUCACGAUUUUAUCUCACGGUGGUCGAUGCUAUUUAUCAAUCUGCCGUAUGUUUUGGUGUUCCUUACAUGUUAUUCAUUGGUGGCAAAUUCAGUCAGGCCGGAUACGAUAUGGAAGGCGUGUAUGAGCUGGGUACUUUUAUUGCUGGUAUUGCGGUGGUAGUCGCCAAUGCGCUCGUGGGCUUUACGAUCUUUAGCUGGACGUGGGUUAUGGUACUGGUCAUUGCAUUAUCGUCAGCCACGUUCUUUAUAUGGACAGCCAUCUAUGCCCAGGUCAAUACGUUUACCUUUUACGGCGAAGAUAUCCUUUUCCGUGAAGGCGCGUUCUGGCUGUGUCUAAUCGUCACGUUUGUGAUCUGUAUGUUACCGCGUUACGCCACCAAGUACGUUUUACAUAUGGAUAAACCAUUUGAUAACGACAUUAUUCGAGAAGUCGUGCUAUGCGGUGGCAAACAUGGGUAUGGCAAGAAGCGAAAGACACGGACGCUUGAUGAUGAAGAAGAAGUGUUGCCCAUCACUAUGCAGCGUACACAGAGCGAAAACACCAUGUUCAAAUUGUAUGACGAUGAGGAUGAUAUGUAUCGCCAGGACGAGAACACAUAUGCGCUAAGUGAAGCUAAGCUCAAGAGGACGCCAUCGAAACGUACAGAAAUUAUGAACAUGGGGUCGGGUACCCGCACAUCAUUCAAUGGUUUUGCUUUCUCAUCUGACGACUCAUCACCGUUUGACGAAAUUCGACACAAAUCACUCUAUCGCCACUCGAGUCUUUCCUCUAAAGCCAGCUUACGAUUACGUGCACGCAUGUCCACUGCUACGUUAUCUACAACCUUUGAAGAUGGCGGCGACACUAAAGGGCGCGACUGGAUGCCAUUGCAGGGGUUCAAGUUACGCAGGUACGACACUGCACCUACGACAGAGCCGAAGAAAUCAACUAGCCUUGGAUGGAAGAUGAUGAAGGCCAUGAAGCAGCGAAUUGUGUCGCACAAGCAGUCAUCCGACUCGCUUGAUCCGUUCAGGUCUCCCGGAAGUAGUUUUAUGGGAAUAUCGCCGCCGCAGCAGGAGCACCAGCAAUAUCAACAACGCGGUCCUUUUGACGACCAUCAUACAUUAUCACAACCGCUCCAGCAACAUCAUCAUCAACCGCAACAAGAGGAUGAAUCCGAACUUGUUGACCUUCGUCCAUCACCACCCUCAUCAUCGUCGCCAUUACAUCAACAACAACAACCGCAUCAUCCCCCUCCUCCUUCAUCACCAUAAUAUUAUAGAAGCAACCACUGCACUAUUUUCAGCUCCACCCCCACAUCCCACACCACCUCGUACAUUUUCUUUUCUUUUUUUCUCAUAUAGCGUGCUCCUGUUCAUGUUUUCUUUGUGUCUUGUUCAAACUGUACAUUACUUUAAAAAUUCCUCUUUCUUCUUCUACUUUAACAAUGAAAAGGCUUAUGUAGCCAAACAUCAAGAACCACUAAGUCAAAUGUUUACACUAUAGUAGUUCCGCCAAAUCCGCAGUCAAUAAAAAGGGCAUGC